AUGGUUAGCAGAGCACCCAACUACCAACAUAUGAACAACCCCGUAACAAGUAGUAGCUCGGCGUUCUAUCAAGAGUUAUUACAAUAUGAAAUACCACAUUCUGCCAUGAUACAAAACAUCCCAAAGUAUGACGGCACGACAGAUCCUGACGAACACAUGGACACCUACGAGUGGAUAAUGACACCCUUUCGGAUGGACAAGAGAUUCACAUGUACCUACUUCCCAGUCACACUAUCGGGAAAUGCUAGCAAAUGGUUCAAGACACUACAUCCGGGAAGUAUCUCCAGCUUCGAACAGUUGAGAACUUCAUCAUCUACGUAUCGUCGAUCACAGUAUCUCUAUCCUACUGCUAUUUCGUAUCUUCUAAGAUCCCUAAAGCUCAUCCGAUUCGCUUUCGAUCUCGAUGAAUCGCCAUAUCGCCGUUCCGAUUCGCUUAUCCGUUUCAUCACCGUCGCUUCUUUACCGGUCAAAACCAAAAGUACAGAUUCCACCUCCGUCAAUACGUCACCAGAGAGAUCUUGGUACAAAUUAGGGUUGCAGAAUCUGAUUUUCUCCAUACUUGUAAGUACAGUGAAUAAUUACAGAGAUCGAUUUCAUCCGGAUAUUAUAUUAGUAAUCUACUGUGGCCUACUUUUCCUGAUAAUCGACAUCAUUGCUGGCGUCGGCGCCGCUCUGCUCCUGUUUUUGACCGGAUUAGAGCUCGAACCUUCGUCCAAUGAACCUUACCUCGCUACAUCGCUGCAAAAUUUUUGGGGAAGAUGGAACCUCUUGGUAACAAAAACGCUGCGCUAUACCGUAUACAAACCCGUCAGGUCAGCUUUUUCCGAUCAUAAAUGGGCCCCACACGCCGGCGUAUUAUCGUCGUUUUUCGUUUCAGGAUUAAUGCAUGAGCUGUUCGUUUACCAAUUGUCACGUGAGGAUCCCACGUGGGAGAUGACGUCAUUCUUCGUUAUCCAUGGAAUCUGCGUUGUGGUGGAGAUGAUUAUCAAGAGCAAUCUGGCUGGUGGUCGUUGGCGUUUGCCGAAGUUCCUAGCGACGCUGUUGACCGUGGGGUUUGUGGUGGUCACCGGUUUAUGGCUGUUCUUUCCGCCGUUGAUCAGAACUAAGGUAGACGUGAAAGUCCUUAUGGAGCACGCCUCCUUUGUAGAUUUCAUAAAGACAACUUUCUAUUCAAUGACUCAAAAAUCACAAAUUCAUGUAUGA